CGCUCUGUCACCCAGGCUGGAGUGCAGUGGCACAAUCUCGGCUCACUGCAAACUCCGCCUCCCGGGUUCACGCCAUUCUCCUGCCUCAGCCUCUCCGAGUAGCUGGGACUACAGGCGCCCGCCACCACGCCCGGCUAAUUUUUUGUAUUUUUAGUAGAGAUGGGGUUUCACCGUGGUCUCGAUCUCCUGACCUCGUGAUCCGCCCGCCUCGGCCUCCCAAAGUGCUGGGAUUACAAGCGUGAGCCACCGCGCCCGGCCAGAAAUGUUCUGUAUCUUGACUGUGGUGGUGGUUAUAUGAGAGUUGGCAAAACUUUAAAACACCAGAAAGGGAGAACUUUACUGUACAGGUGGUUCACAACUGCAAUCCCAGCACUUGUGGGAGGCUGGGGCAGGAGAAUUGCUUGAGCCAAGUUCGAGACCAGCCUCGGCAACAUAGGGAGACUCUCUCUAAAAAAAAAAUAAAUCCCAAUGAUGGCAUUCCCCACCUCAGGGAAUGCCAGCCCCCACUUCUUCUGCCACCCCUCCCCCAUGGGCCCCGUUAACGGAUACAGGUAGGAAGGCAUUUCCUGCCUAGAUGUCUCCGCCCCCACUGCCAUGGAGACCAGCUUGGAAGCUUAGGGGAGCUGCUGUGGCCCAGGGCUCAGUGGGAAGGCAGAGGAGGCCAGGAGUCUUGGACUAGCUGCAGGGUUUGAGCUAGGCUGAAGCAGCAGAACCACAGAGGUGGCUGAGCAGGGGCCUGGCCCUGGGACCCAGCCAUCCACACUCACACAUCCACUUCUCCCUCCAGAGCCCCCCCCGGAGCAGGUCUCUGCUCGAGGCCUUUCCUUAGUUGGGGAAUCGAGAGUUGGGGGAUCAAAGCCCCCCCACAUCUCCCUCCCUCGCUGCAGCUAUGUUUAUCAAGGUGAUGUUUGGGGCCGGCUGCUCGGUGCUGGUGAACACCUCUUGCAGGCUGGUGAACCUCACCGCCCACCUGAGGCAGAAAGCAGGGUUGCCCCGAGAUGCGACCAUUGCUCUCCUGGCUGAGGACGGCAACCUAGUGAGCCUGGAGGAAGACCUGAAGGAAGGGGCUUCCCGGGCCCAAACCAUGGGCAACUCCUUGCUGAAGGAGCGAACCACAUAUGUCCUUAUUCGGAUCAUCAGUAAGAGGGAGAGGACAUGGCCUCCACCCGUUAUGAGUCCCUACUGGAGAAUCUGGAUGACCGUUACCCAGAGCUGGCAGAGAAACUGCGCAGGCUGUCAGGCGUCUCCUCCGCAGGCCACAACUGGAGGAAGGGCAUGGGCACUCGGUGUGGCCACCAUGAGCAAAGCCCCACUUCAAGGCCCACAAAGGCUUCACAGAUGUGGCAUAGGGGCUGGCACACAGUAGGAGCUCAGUGCACAAUUGCUGGAUGAACUCAACGAAGGCGGCAGCAUGGUGUGUGAUGGCACGGCCCACACUGGGUUUGAAGGGCUUGUUCUUCCAUUCUGGCUGGCCCAGGGACCUGACACACUACUGCCAACUAGCCAAGUUGGACUCAGACCCAAGGGGGUUAGCCAGGACCUCUGCCUUGUGUGAUCAGGUGCAAACAGAUAACAACCCAGCAGGACUCCUCCGGCAGAAUCUGGAAUUGCUGAGAAGUUGCAUCAGCAAGAGGGGCAAGGUCAGACAGGAUUUGAGGCCGCUGGGGGCACCUAAGCUGUGGGCGCAGAGAAUGGGAUGCAGAGGCAGAGACAAGAAGGGUAGAGAAGGCAGAUAUCCCUGAUAAGGGGGAGUCCAUGGGUUCAUCCUGGGAUUCCACCCUCAGAGUCAGAUGCCCUUGGGAUCACCUACUAAUGCCUCUCCACCACACUCUGGACUGCCCAAGGCAUCUGUCCUGUGCUACCCACAGUGCAGAUUGCAACAGGGCUCCUCCUCCCCACCCAGGGCCCUGAUUAAGGGGAUGGAUUGCACACUGUAGUGAGACAUCCAUCCUGACCGCAUCUCAUCAGCCAGGGAGCUCCCGGAAGACAGGCCAUCAAGAGAGGCACACAACAGGCUGUGGUCUAAAAUAAACUUUUAAUUGCA